GUGUACACAACCACACCCACUAGCCUGGGAGUAGAUGUAUCUAGUCACUGAGUAGAGGCCGAUUCUUUGUCUCCCUGGGAAGAGUAGCUUGGAGGCAGACAGGAUGGCCUGGUGGAAAGCCUGGGUUGAACAGGAGGGCAUCACUGUGAAGGGUAGUUCUCAUUUCAACCCAGACCCGGAUGCAGAGACCCUCUACAAAGCCAUGAAGGGGAUUGGAACCAAUGAGCAGGCCAUCAUAGAUGUGCUCACCAAGAGGAGCAACGCACAGAGGCAGCAGAUUGCCAAAUCCUUCAAGGCUCAAUUUGGAAAGGACCUCACUGAGACCUUAAAGUCAGAGCUGAGUGGCAAGUUUGAGAGACUCAUCGUGGCCCUCAUGUACCCACCAUACAGAUAUGAGGCCAAGGAGCUGCACGAUGCCAUGAAGGGCUUAGGAACCAAGGAAGGGGUCAUCAUUGAGAUCCUGGCUUCUCGGACCAAGAACCAGCUGAGAGAGAUAAUGAAGGCCUAUGAGGAAGACUAUGGGUCUACCCUGGAAGAGGACAUCCAAGCAGACACAAGUGGCUAUCUGGAGCGGAUUCUGGUGUGCCUCCUGCAGGGCAGCAGAGAUGACAUAAGCGGCUUUGUGGACCCAGGACUGGCCCUCCAAGAUGCACAGGAUCUGUAUGCAGCAGGGGAGAAGAUUCGUGGGACCGAUGAGAUGAAAUUCAUCACCAUCCUGUGCACACGCAGUGCUACUCACCUCAUGAGAGUGUUCGAGGAGUAUGAAAAAAUUGCCAACAAAAGCAUUGAAGAUAGCAUCAAGAGUGAGACCCAUGGUUCCCUGGAGGAGGCUAUGCUUACCGUGGUGAAAUGCACCCGGAAUGUCCACAGCUACUUUGCAGAGAGACUCUACUACGCCAUGAAGGGAGCAGGGACACGUGAUGGGAUACUGAUAAGGAACAUUGUUUCAAGGAGUGAGAUUGAUUUAAAUCUUAUCAAGUGCCAGUUUCAGAAGAUGUACGGCAAGACCCUCAGCAGCAUGAUCAUGGGUGACACCAGUGGCGACUACAAGAAUGCCCUGCUGAACCUUGUGGGCGCUGACCCCUGAAGAUGUCAAAAAAAAAAAAAAUACCAAGGGCAAGAAGCAUGAGCAUAGGCUGUGUGGCUCCAGCCCUAACUGCGGGUGGGGUGGGGGUAGGGGAACACCUCAUCGGGCUUUUAGUCUUCUGUCUCCCAGUUCCUGGUGCUUCUCACCCAAUGCUUCUGACCCCUGGGGAGACCAGCCUGGGUUUCUCUUUCGACCUCUCCCCUGGGUCAUUUCUAGGUACGUGCACACCGUCCACCCUAGCGGUACCUCUGACCAACAUCAGUAUGAAGGAGCCUGCAGGAGCUGUGGGUCAUUCCUUCCUCCCACAAAACCUCCCGGGCUCAGGUCACACAGAUGCCUUGGCUCUGACCCUUCUACUGAGUCAGGGUCCUUGGAGGAGGAGCCAAGGACCACAGCUUUCUAGCAGGUGUCUUAGCUUCAUUACCAGGCAGCCGGGGAGAGUGUGGGGGAACACUGCUCUGAAAACACAGGCAUGGGAACCGAAAAAGGGUCACAGACCUCCGCCAUUGGGGAUGUCUGUAACACUCGUUUACCGGAAAUUGUUAGACUGUAGGUGGAAGAGCAUUCUUACGCCAUACUAAUGACAAUAAUUGGAUUAGAUUACAAAUCCCUGUCCUGACCCAAAUACACUGUGGCCUGAGAGACGCAGGCUUGUCCAGUCCCUGGCCAAAUCCUCUCAUUCCCUCCACGGUGAAGCUUGCAGAUCAGAAGGGCACCCAACCCUGAACAUGAAUCCCGUCUUCUUCCUGCAGUCCCCAGGCCCGAAGAAGCUGAGAGAACUCUUCCUAAUAUUCAUUCAUUGGGCUUUCAGAAGCAUAAACAUUUGUACUUUCAAAA